AUGGCAGUGGAGGCCUAUCACCAUGGGAACAGAGCCAGCCAAUCAGAAUGCUCGGUUUUAAGAGGGCAGCUAUAUAAAUCAGGUCACCUCUCCCCUGAGAGGCCACAAUCACCAGAGGCCUCUCAGGGCUGCUUCCUCCUGGAUAAGCCAAUCCCACCACCCCCUAUUUCCCCCAAGGCAGAAGAAGGGGGGUCUUCUGCCUGUGGUCCUCGGGGGACAGAGGCGAGCCCAUGGUCAACUAGCUCAGAUAUCCAGCCACCCAGACAGCCAAGCUAUGCAGCAGCACUUCGGGAGUCCCUGAGAGCCUCCGGGAGCACCCUGACAUGUGCCCGCAGCCAGCAGAGCCUGCUCCAUAGCAUGCUGUACCCCCGACUGGAAGACCAAAGUAAUGCCAGCCUGGGGAGCAGUGGCUACACAGGGGAUGAGGAAAAUAGUGACCUCAGCCUGGUAGGCAGCCGUCGAGUCCCAAGGUUGAUCAGAAAACUCACCAUCCACGUGGGCAGCUCUUCAAACAGUCAGCUGAGCGCUGCGUACUCUCCCAGACUGCUGAAGAGCUCCCGGCGCAGCCAAAGCCAAGGUCAAGGCCCUGGCACCAAGCAGGCUGGAGGACAGCGAAACCAGCCAGCCGGGCAGCAGUAACAGCAGCCUGGGCAGCAGCAGCUUCAUCAGCCCGGGCAGCAGCUUCCUGACUUACCAGGUAAGCAGUAGCGGGCUGCUCAGUGUCUCCAGCAGCCAGGCCGCCAACCAGACCAGCAGCCAGCAGAGCCUCUGCCCCAGCAGCAAGGGGCAAAGCGCACUGAGCAGCAGCACUAAUCUUCAAGAGGACAAGACAGAGGAGGGCAGCACGAAAAACAGCGGUGAGGGACCCCAGGGCACGCAGCCUGCGCAGAUGCACAAGCCUUUGUAAGACUCCAGCCCUGAGAUGUUAGCUGCCACAGGUUCUAACUGUCACAGAUACAAAGGCCCUGAAGGUCAGGACUCCCCACAAGAGGCUGCCAACACCAUAAGAAAGGCCUUUAAAACUUGUGCACUGUGUUGAAGCCUUCAAGGGAGAGUCCUAUCUCUCUGCAGCAGCCAACAGCAGGCAGACCACACAUGGCAGCACAAGAAUGUGGAACAACAUCUACACUGAAGGUCAGUGGUCAGUGGCGAGGCACCUCUAUCAAGAAGAGCUGCCAGCUAGAAGAGUUGCAGCAAGAUCCAUCUAGGCUGAGACCACAGCUGUAGGGACCACUGCUGUCGGGACCACCACUGUCAGGACCACCACGGUCAGGACCACUGCUGUCGGGACCACUGCUGUCGGGACCACCACUGUCAGGACUACCACGGUCAGGACCACUGCUGUCGGGACCACCUCUGUCGGGACCACCAGCAGUGACAACAGUACCGUGAGCCUCCAUGACAGAACCAUCCACAUCUGUAGUGAGCCCCACAGUGGCAGAACCAACAGCACAAAACCCUUCAGUUGUGCCAAUCGCAAGCUGUAUUAAGAACCAUCAGAAGCUAGAACUUUCUGCCAUGGAAUUGUCCUAAAUGGUGAGCACUGUUGACAACCAACACCAAGCAGGAUGAACUCAAACCAGUACCAACCCUGGCACGAGUGUCCACGUCCAGUGCCAUCUGGAGGAAGCACCCUGCAUAGGGAGCCAUGGCCCAAGGGAGCUCAGUGCCCCCUAGCUCUGUACCACACACUGUCCACAGUGGACACGGCUCACAGAGCACCCCCCAUGGCUCCCAAUACCAACCCCAGCAGAGCACAACCCACAGGACUGUCUGUGGGCUAGGCAGUGAAUGCCACCAGCCCAGAAACAGCUGUCUAGAGAACACUGGGAACUAUGUCAAAGGACCCAGCCCUGAAGAGUACCACAGAUGGAAGCUUCCACUCCUUUCUGUGCUCUGCUCUAGGCUACGGCAGCCCAGAAUCCUCCCUAAGAGUGGAGGCUCCCGGACACCCACUCAUGCCUCUUCGUGGUUCUCAGAGAGGAAGGGAGAGGCAUGGGGGCAAGAGGAGGAGCCAGGAACUGUCCUUCAUUCACGUGGUUGGAACUGUGCUUCACGUGGCAGAUAAUGCCACAACAGUUGCUUAGUGGUGACAGAGACCAGCCCAGCCAAGACUAGCAAGGCAGGUGCUCUGGGCCACUGAGUGAAUGUCACCCAAGUGGGUGGUGGGAAGGCUGAAGUCAGCUCUGCCCCUGCUCAGGACCAACAGCCCCUCCCUGAGCUGACCUCAUCAGACCUUGGGGAGCAAGAGGAUCCACAGGGGAAGAGGCCACAGGCAGCCUAAAGACACCCACUGGGUACCAGAAGGAAUGCUG